AUGAACGCCGACACAUUCGACGAGCCGUCCUUUGACGACCCCCACAGUACAUCGACACAGACGCAGUUCGUCAACCCACAAAAUGGUGGCGCUGUUGCACCCGCCGCCGCCGAUGUGGCCAAAAACCUCGAACCGGACACGUGCCGCAUCUGCCGCAGUGAGGCCUCUGCACAAGAACCUCUCUUCUACCCGUGCAAAUGCAGCGGCAGUAUAAAAUACGUCCACCAGGACUGCCUCAUGGAAUGGCUGUCGCACUCGCAAAAGAAGCACUGCGAACUGUGCAAAACGUCUUUCCGCUUCACCAAGCUGUACUCGCCGGCGAUGCCGAAACAGCUGCCCGUCCUCGUUUUUGCCCGCCACCUCGCCAAGUACUUCUUGCGCAACAUCCUCGUCUGGUUGCGCGUCGUUCUGGUCUUCUUCGUGUGGAUGGUGCUUCUGCCCGCCCUGACGCGAUGGGAGUGGUCCUUUUUCUUCUGGGUCAGCGAGGAAGGCCUGGUAGCCGCACCACCGAGGACACUGGACGGCAUCGACUCCAACGCCACCUCGGCUGCGGCUGCGGCUUCGUCCGUCGCCCUGGCCACGGCCGCUGCCACGUCCGCUGCUGCACAUAUCGGCCGCGACCUCGUGAACGGAUCGAUGGCCGCGGCGCGGGCGCCGGUCGCCGACAUCUACGGCGUUCUCGACGGCAACCAGACGACACCGUUCUCGAUCCUGUCGCUUGCCUUCCGCGUCAUCAUGGAGUCCAUCCGCGCGCCCGCGAUCGUGUCCAUGCUGACCGCAGACAACGGCACCGAGGACGACUACUUUGCCAACACAGGCCCGCCGACCUUGCUCAGCGACGUCGCGUUUCUGCGCAGGCUGACCCGGUUCCGGUGGCUGAACAGGUGGAUUAUUUACGCCCUCGAGGGUCAGUUCAUCACCUUUCUGGUCAUCAUCUGCUUUAUCCUGAUAAUAUUGGUUCGGGAUUACGUGUUGCAGCAGCAGCCAGAAAUCAACAUGCGUGCAGCGUUCAACGCCGCCGACGAUGACGGCAUGGGCGGCGACGAGAAUGUUGCCGGCGUUCCCGGUGUACCCAAUGCUGGUCAGCCGCAAGAUGCGCCGCGCCCGGCAAGAGGAGACCGUGCCCGCCACCACCAUCAUCAUCACCAUCGCCAUAAUCACCAUAAUCAGCAUGGCCACGACCAUGACCACGACCAUGACCACGACCAUGGCAACCAUCGUGAUAUGGACGAUGCCGGGUUCGAUAGUCUGGAAUCCGACUCGGAGUGGGAAACCGACUCCAACGCAGAGAUUGAGAUUGACGCUGCCGAACUUCUGAGGCCGCUGGUCCAGGGCCCGGAACGCAACGGUCUGGACCUUGGCGCAAUUUUCGACGACGAUUUCCGGCAUGGCCCGCCUGUGCCCGACACAGAUGGGCUAGCAGCUCGCGAUGAGCCCGGCGAGUCGUCGUCGUCCUCUGCAAACGUCCAUACAAGCGCAAAUGCGAAUGCUAUGUCAAGCACAGCCAGCAACAGCAACGGCAACAGCAAAAGCAAAAGCAAAAGCAACAGCGCCGCUGCUCUGCCCAACUUCGACCGCAACUUUCCCCUACCCAGUGAAGGAGGCGCGACCGUCCAUGAGUAUAUGCAAAUCUACCGUCGCGCGGGUGGCGACCAGCAGAGGAUCCUAGAGAUUGCUCGUGAAGAGGGUCUCGAGGAGCACCUGCAGUACUGGCUGCGCGUGAUGCAAAACGUCGCAGAUCGUCGGCAGUCCGACCGCGGCAGCACCGCUAGCACCAUAAGCACAACGGCGGCGGCCGACGAAGAUACGAGACGCGUCGGCGAGGCCAGCCGGCACCGGGAUGGCCAACCUGCCAACGGUGAAGCAUCCAAUAGCAGUUCCGUCACCGAGUUCGAUUACGGCCUGCGGCCGCGGGCCAAUACGGACGGUCCCAGUGGCCCCCCGCGGACCAAUCCUCUAGGGAACAACAACUGGUCCUUUGGCCCCGUGCCGCCCACGCAGCACUUUACGCCCGAAUUCAUUCAGCCCCUCUACGGAGACUCCGCCGAACGGCUAGAUGGUGUACCCAUACGCGGCGAUGCUCCCUCGCAUCAAAGGGUGACAGAACCGAGAGAAGGCGACCUACGAUUGGAAGGUGAACAGAGACGCCGGUCUGUGUCUUCGGCUGCGAGCUCACGACGCAAUAGCAAUGCCAGCGCCAGCAGCAGAAACGGCACAAUGGCAAACAUUUCUCAAGACGCAGCCGCCAGCUCGGCAUCUGCACACCACGCCCACGAUUCGUCGUCCACAGAGGUGUCAGCCGCCAUUGCCAGCCCCCCUAGCACAGAUUUGAGUCAGCGGAACGACCCUGACGCCCCUCUUCGUCAAACCGGCAACUGGGAAGAACUUGUCCGCAUUCCUAUUCGCGACAACAUCGACGAGGGCGAUGCCACCGACUUUGAGGACAUGCCCGCCGCUGGUUUGCGCCAUGCCAACAUUAACGGUGCACCGCGCGAACAAGCUCCCGCUGCUGCCGGACCGGUCGCCGGCCCUGCUACCCUUCCUUUUGAUGCUGCAGCUCCUGAUGCUGCUCUCGCCGCUCCUGCGACUGUUCCCGCCGCUCCCGCCGCUCCCGCGGCCACCGCAGACUCGGCCGGACCCCCAGCCAGUCUUGUGGACGGAGUGAUGAACUUCAUGUGGCGUGAUCUAGAGAAUAUCGACCCGGCUGACCUGCCACCAAUCGUGCCUGAUGUUGAUGAAGACGACCAUGUGGAGCUUUUCAACGACAAUGAAGAGGACGGCCCCAUACCACUGGACGAGCAGGAUCGCGAAGCCUUCGAGGCAGCAGCCGCCGCUGCAGCGGCGGCGAACAUGGAAGCCGAGGCCAUCGAAGACGCCGAGGACCUCGAGGGUGUCAUGGAGCUCCUUGGCAUGCGCGGUCCCAUUGCAGGCCUGUUCCAGAACGUCAUCUUCUGCGGGUUCCUCGUUUCAGUCAGCCUUCUUGUCGGUAUCUUCAUGCCCUAUAACGUCGGUCGCCUGAGUAUCUGGCUGGUUGCCAACCCCAUGCGGCCCAUCAUGAUGCUGUUCAGUUUGUCCAAGCUGCUCCAGGACAUUGCGGCGUCCGCACUCGGCGGUGCGGCCUACCUCACGCUCCUUGUCCUCAACAACGCGGCGUCCGCCGCCGAACUCGUUUUCGGUCGCACGGUGCCCUAUUCCAAGUACAUUCUGGCGUCCCUGGCUACCACAUGGGACCUCUGUGCAACGUCGGCGGCGCGGGUUGUCGAAAACUUUAGCAUUGACCCGCCGUUCCUGUCGACGGGUGAGAUUCGGAAUUUCUCUGCCAUCAGCCACGACGCACUUAUCGGAAUCAAAGCCAACGUCAGUGCGGUGGCUACCGGCAUUGGGCGCGCCAUUGUCAUGGUCACAAACGGCGAAUUCCUCUCCCAUGGCACCGAGGCACUCGAACUGGCCAAAAGCGGCGGUGCUGCGGCCUGGGAGCUGCUGCGGUCCCUGCCCGCGGUGCUGUCGAACCCCGGGUCAUGGGUCAUUACGCUCGACUCGAUGGACGCGGUCCAGGUCAACCCAAUGCUUGCGUUCUGGGGCGGCGUCGACCGUGGUUUGGCGAUUCUGUUCGGAUACGCGACGAUGUGCCUCGUGGCCGGCCUCUACCUGCACCGCGGCUCGCCGUUCAGCAGCGGUGCAGCCGUGCAAGAGUGGGAGGCGUCGCUGAUCGACGGCCUCAACCAAGCGAGCGGUGUUCUGAAAGUGAUUCUGAUCAUCGGCAUCGAAAUGCUCGUGUUCCCGCUCUACUGCGGCCUGCUGCUGGACGUGGCCCUGCUCCCGCUCUUUGAGAACACGACACUCGUCUCGCGGCUGCAAUUCAGCGUCGACUAUCCACUGACGGCCAUCUUCGUGCAUUGGUUCGUGGGCACCGGAUACAUGUUCCACUUUGCCCUCUUUGUGUCCAUGUGCCGGAAGAUUAUGCGCAAGGGUGUCUUGUACUUUAUUCGCGACCCCGACGACCCCGAAUUCCAUCCGGUGCGCGACGUGCUUGAACGCACCGUAGCGACGCAGCUCUGCAAGAUUCUGUUGUCUGCGUUCGUCUACGGCGCGCUUGUCAUUAUCUGUCUCGGCGGCGUCGUCUGGGGCCUGGCCUAUGCCGGUCCCGGCAUCCUUCCGAUUCACUACUCGUCCAACGAGCCGGUCCUCGAGUUCCCCAUCGACCUGCUCUUUUACAAUUUCUUGAUGCCGCUGGCGAUCAAGUUCUUCCGGCCCAGCGACGGCCUGCACAGCAUGUACACCUGGUGGUUCCGCAAAUCUGCGCGCGGCCUGCGCAUCACCUGGUUCCUCUUUGGCGAGCGCCGCAUCGACGAGGAAGGCUCCCUCUACCUCGCGUCUGAGUCGCCACACCAGAAGUCGCCGUGGCUGGUGCGGCAGCUGCUCGAGUACGACGAGUCCAAGAACACGGUCGUGCCCAUGGCGACGAUGAGUGCCAAACCGUCCAAAGGUGUCUAUGAUGACGGGGAAAAUGAUAGGACCAGCAGCAAUCCGAACAGACCUCCACGGGCCAGCCCAGUUCGCCGCCGCAACCCGGACAAGGACAGCAUGAGAUUCCUCGCCGACAAGAAACUGAAGCUUGUUGCCUCGGGUCAGCUCGUGCCGAACGGGAAGUUUGUGCGUGCGCCGGCGUCCGAUCAGGUUAAGAUCCCCAAGAACAAGGACGUGUUUCUGGAUGCGAGCAACGAAGCCUCCCUGUCGAAGGAGCUUGGCGAACCGGCCAGGAAGGACCCGUUCCGCGGACCAGACAGGCGGAGUCGCGCUUCGGAUGCCGACGACAACAGACCCGAACAGCGCCCGGCGGACAUCUACCACAGCAAGCAGUACGAGCUCGUGUACAUCCCGCCGUUCUUCCGUGUGCGCAUCUUCUUGUUCAUUGCCUCGAUCUGGAUGUUUGCGGCGGUGACGGGUGUCUCGUGCACCAUCAUCCCUCUCCUCUUUGGACGGCGCCUCUUCCGCCUCCUGCUCCCUGCGGACGUGCGCACCAACGACAUUUACGCGUUUAGCAUCGGCAUGUAUGUGCUGGGAUCGGCCUCGUACUUUGUGUUCCACGCGCGGCCCAUCUUCAAAAAGAUGUGGGCGGCAACACGACGCACGAUGUCGACGGCAUCGGUGCGCAGCGCCGCCCAGACGACGUGGCGCGCCGUGACACGCAUCCUGAGCCUGGUGUACGCCUACGUCUUCAUCCUGGUCGUGUUCCCGCUGCUCGCCACCGCCCUCGUCGAGCUGUACCUGCUGAUGCCGCUGCACACAUACAUGCACCCGCCUGGCUCGUCGUCGAUCAGCGCCGCGUCGCCCUCCGACGGGACCGAAUCGCGCCACAAUGUCCGCAUCAUCCAGUCGUGGACGCUGGGUCUGCUCUACCUCAAGGUCAGCGCGCGCGUGAUAACGACAUGGUACCCCGGGGCCCGGCUGACGUCGGCGAUCCGCGCGGUGCUGCGCCGCGGCAACCUGGACCCGGACGUGCGUCUGCUGACGCGCGCCUUUGUGGUGCCCGGGCUCGUGCUCGGGGCCACUACUAUUGGCCUGCCACUGCUGCUCGCCAAAGGCUACGUGGCCGCGUCGGCGUCGCUCGACAUUGGCGGCCUGUCUGCGCCCGCCGCCCUGCAGUUCGUCUUGCCGGUCACGGUGCCGGAGCCGGCGGUGGCGGACAUGCGGCUGGUGUACCGGCUGGCCUUCCCCUUUGUGGCGCUGGUGGGUCUGGCCGCGUGGUCGCUCUGGGGCAUGGUCGGCGUGUAUGCGUCGUGGAAGCUGCGGAUCCGGGACGAGGCGUACCUGAUUGGCGAGCGGCUGCACAAUUUUGGAGCGACGAACGGCGCACAGGCACCCACUCGCCGUGUCGGUGUCGGUCGGGCCGCCGCUGCCCGUGCGUAA